AUAACUCUAGUUCGCCCAGUAGUAUCAAAUGAGAUGGAGGAUACUCGAAGAGAUUGGUCAAUGAAUUGCAACUAGGUAGUUCCACAACAUAAGACAUAUUGUUUGUAAUAUGUCUCAGAUCUUUGAGUUGAGUCAAGCCACGCAUGGGAACCCCGCGUUGGCCGUUAAUACCUGUUAUCAUCAUCCCGUGGUCGUUAUCUAUCUCCUUUGCGACACGGCCCCGGGAUCGCUGGAAGCCUACCUUAGGAAGAGAAGUGCACUGCUUACAUGGCGUUGACAAAACAACGGUCGUACUUUGGGUUACACCUAAACAACAUUGCGAAUACGAAUACUUAUCUUCUCGGACUUUAGUGAGCAAGUAGAUUGAAUUGAUAGAAGUGGCAAGCGUCAAGCAAUAGAUCAGCCAAUAUACCAUCAUCAACAUGACAAACGAAUUCAGACCCGCAUUGAUUGUUGUUGACGUGCAAGAAGACUUCUGUCCUCCAAACGGUUCCCUGGCCGUUCCCGGAGGCCGUGAUAUCGUCGCACCAAUCAACAAGUUGCUUGACCUGCCGUUCGUCCUCAAGGUCGCGACCAAAGACUGGCAUCCCCAGGACCACAUCUCGUUCGCAGCCAACCACGCGGGCAAGCAGCCAUUCGUCGACUUCGCCACCGUCGUGAACCCGGACAACGCAGCCGAGAGCUACUCGACGCGGCUGUGGCCGGUGCACUGCGUGCAGGGCUCGCGCGGCGCGGCGCUGCUCCCGGAGCUCGAGACGGACAAGCUGGACGAGGUGCUCGAGAAAGGCACGGACCGGCGCGUCGAGAUGUACAGCCCCUUCUACGACCCGUUUCGGACCAGCGACAGCGGGCUGGCUGGGCUGCUGCGCGCGCACGCCGUCACCGACGUCUACGUGGUGGGGCUGGCCGGUGAUUACUGUGUUAAGGCGUGCGCGGAAGAUGCCGCCAAGGAAGGAUUUCGGACUUACCUGAUCGAGGAGUGCACCAGGGCCGUCGACGCGGGCGCUUGGCCGCUGUGCAGGAGGACCUUGGAGGAAGGAUCGCGCGCUAGGGUCGUAAGCUUGGACGGGCCUGAGGUCCUUCGCUUGAGCCAGAGCUUGAUGACUGCAGCACCAGCACAAUCACAGUAGUUAGUGUACGGUAGGGUACAUGGAAGUAAGUGAGUAAGUAAGUAUGUAUGUAUGAAGCGUGAAUCGGAG